AGUACGGAUUUAUAAAUACAUGCCUGAAGUCUUUGGUUGUUGAAAAGUAUGGUGAAGAAACAUGGGAAAAAUUAAGACUGCAGGCCGGUGUCCAGGAUUCUUUCCUCACUUUUGAGGUUUACAAAGAUGAGAUCACAAUGCAGCUCCUCGACAAAGCCUGCAAAAUAUUAGGUGUUCCUGCUGACAUGGUUCUGAGAGAGUUUGGAGGGUAUUUCUUUGAGUUCUGUAAACGCUCAGGCUAUGACCACAUGCUGAGGACACUGGGUGGAAAUCUCUACGAGUUUAUAGAGAACCUGGAUGCAUUGCAUAGCUACCUGUCCCUUUCUUACCAGGAGAUGAAUGCACCAUCUUUUAGAGUAGAAAAGAAUGAAGAUGGGUCAAUGCAUUUACAUUACUAUUCAGACAGAAGAGGUCUGUGCCAUAUUGUGCCAGGAAUCAUCGGUGCAGCAGCUCUGGAUUUUUUUAACAUUGAGAUUUCAAUGGAAAUAAUCAAUCAAACAGAAGAAGAAGAACGAACUGGGAAAAAAGAACAUAUUGUUUUUCUUGUCACUCAAAACCCUGUAUUUUCAUACAAGGAAAGAAAUGAAUUUUCUUCCUCACAAUAUCUUGCUGACUCUGAAAAACAAAUUGAGAACCAACUGAACAAAGAGGACUUUGAAAAAGCCAAGAAUACAAUUAGAGACAAAGGAAGUUCUGUUUGUCCUGUCAAAAAAAGUCACUGGAAAACAAUAAGAGGAAUAAUUACAUUAGGAAAAGGUAAGCUCCUGAGAGGAUUUGAUCCUGUUUAUCCCAAGAGCCUCUGGAUUGACACAAAAACAUUUUGCAAUGGACUCCCUUUUCAUUUGGUUUUUGACAAAGAGCUCAGAGUGAAGCAAGCUGGGGUGAGCAUUCAGAAGAUUGUACCUGGCCUUCAGACCAUGGGCAUCUGUUUGGAUCACUAUUUCAGUAUUGUUCACCCAGAAGUACCCUUCAACAUCUCUAGCAUUCAGAAAUUCAUCAACAGCCAAUUUGUUUUCCAGACUAGAAGAGAGAUGAUGCCAGAGUCAUGGAAGCAACGGCCAAUGCUAGAACUGAGAGGCCAGAUGAUCUGGAUGGAGUCCCUGCAGUGCAUGCUCUAUCUCUGCUCACCUUUGCUUCGCACUUUGCAUGAACUGGAGGAGCGACAGAUGCAUAUUGCAGACAUUGCACCUCAUGACGUGACCAGGGAUUUGAUUCUUCUCAAUCAGCAGCGACUGGCAGAGAUGGAGCUCUCUAACCAGCUGGAGAGGAAGAAGGAAGAACUGCGGAUACUGUCGAAGCACCUGGAGGAAGAGAAGAAAAAGACUGAAGCUCUGCUCUAUGCCAUGCUUCCUCAGCAUGUGGCCAACCAGCUGAAAGAGGGGAAGCGAGUUGAGGCAGGAGAGUUCAAGGAGUGCACUAUAUUGUUCAGCGAUGUUGUGACCUUUACCAACAUUUGUGCCCAGUGUGAGCCUAUUCAGAUAGUUCUCAUGUUAAAUUCAAUGUACCUGCUGUUUGACAGACUGACCACGGUGCAUGAUGUGUACAAGGUGGAGACAAUUGGAGAUGCCUAUAUGGUAGUAGGUGGGGUCCCUGUGCCUGUACCCACUCAUGCUGAGCGAGUUGCUAACUUUGCCUUGGGGAUGAUAAUAGCAGCUAAAGGAGUACAGAACCCAGUUUCUGGAAAUCCUAUCCAAAUUAGAGUUGGGAUCCAUACAGGUCCUGUCUUGGCUGGAGUUGUUGGAGAAAAGAUGCCUCGUUAUUGCUUGUUUGGAGACACAGUGAAUAUAGCUUCCCGGAUGGAGAGUCACGGUGUCCCGAGUAAAAUUCAUCUAAGUUCCAGUGCCUAUCAAUGCCUAAAAUACAAGAAUUUUGAGAUGACCGAAAGAGGAGAAAUAGAAGUAAAAGGCAAAGGGAAAAUGCACACAUACUUCCUCAUUAGAAAUAAAACUGCAAGUGAGAAUGAGAUUAUGGGAAGGCCAAUGAAAGACUCAGAUUCUGGCCAUGAAUCUGUUCAGUCCUUUCAUGAUGGCAGGACUGAAACAAUACCAAGUUGUCAUCAGCCAGUUACUCAGAUUCAGCCAGAGAAGGACCAGACCCCAGCCAUUGCAAUGAAGUAUAUUGAUGGUCCCACAGAUGCACAAAACAGCCUCAGAAGAAAUCAAGCAAAAAUUGCAGAUUUAACAGGCAAAACUUAUGACUUCAAAAGCGAUAGGAGUCUCCAUGGCAACCAGCAUGCAGAUGAUGGUCGUCAUCCUCUAAACCAGGAAAGAGUCAAACCUGCUACUGGAGAGCCACAGAUUAGAAACAUUCGCUCUAAUUUUUGCACUUUACUCUAAGUUUUUUACUUUUUACAUUAAACAGAGCAAUUUUAUUGUGAUUUAUUGCAUUUUGCUGUUGUGGGACUGAUUUUGUAUAUCAAGUAUGGCAUGAGUUUGUAAAAAAAAAAACCUAAGAAAAAAAAAAAAAGACAUUUCAUCAAUUUUCAGCAAAAACAGUGGAGGAUAUUUUUUUUAAUUAAUCUACACGUGCCAUAUAAUAAUCCCGCUGGAGAAGGAAACCACUGCAAGAUGCUUUGAAGAUGUAUUUUUCAGCCUCUGCCAUGUCUUUGAAUAUCUCUAUGUAAAAAUCACUUCAGUAUCUCAUGCAGCAAUUGAGAAAGAGGUGACUCAUCCAGCUAGAAAUAUUCCUACUCAAAUGAGCACUUGCCAUAAAAGAAACAUUCCCUGAAGUGACCAUAUGUCUUGACUUCAGCACAACCAAGAACUUCCCCAUGUAAGCUUAGCAGAGUUCGAUCUACAUUUAAUUGUGAUGACAGUUUAAUCUCUUAACAAGUCUUUUGUUGGGUAAAGGCAAUAUGCAGUAGAAGUACAGACUAGAUCUAAUACAACCUGUACUUUUCCAUCCUGAAGAGAAAAUAUUGUGUACUUCAUAGCACCCAACAGUAAAAAAAAAAAAAUCAUGCGACCUCUGAACCAGCUGUCUGUGCUGUACUUAGAUGAUUGUAGGACAAGCAUAUAGUGCAGUUACAUUGCAUUGAAUUCAUCACAACACUGAAGGACUGUUCAAGGCCUAUGAACUCUCUGAGACCUUCAAACAAGUUGCAGGUUUAUUUCUCAUUUUCUCACUCCAACUAAACAAAAAUAAAGUUUCAAGGCUACAGAGGGAGCCUGUCAAUGCUGAAUUAAUGUUGUUAAUGUCAUUGAAAAUAACACUGUUAAAGAUCAGCAUCACUUAGCUGUUGUCAGAGGCAUCUCAGCUGAAUUAGUUCCCUGUUGCUACAUUCUUAGAUUAUGCCUGAUCAGUAAUGGCAGAGAAAAAUUGAAGUUCAUCUGUUAGGGAUUUAAGAUACAGGAGCAAAAAUACAAUAGAUAAAAAGGUUGUGGACAAUUCAGUACAUCAUAAAUUGUGCUCUCCUAUAAACGGAGCUUCGAGUAGGUGGAAUGUGCUUGUGCUGGGUGACUUUGACAGGAGGUGCACCCUGCACACCAAUUUAUUACCUUUGGGUGUGGAUUCAUUGUCUAAGGAUGCAACCAUUUGAACUUUGAGGAAGAACUCACUGGAGAAGAUGGUAAUGUUACUCAUCUGUUACAGUCUGGAGCAUCACAUUUCCACCUCAGUGUCUGCGGUGAGAGUGAGGCACUUUAAACGCCAGACAGAGAGGUAAGACUGAUGAAAGGCAUCUCCUCUCUAUAGUAUAACAGUAUGAAGUUUCACCUGGUUAGAUUUUAUUUUCAAAUCUCCGAGAUGAUGCCUCCCGUGCUCUACAGUUCUAUGUAGCAAGUGCAGACCAGUAGAAGAGAACAUAUAGAGCAAAACCACCAAUGCUGUUCACUCUACAGGUAUUUCAGAGGGCUUGCUCGUGUGAUCCCAUGCACUGAAUACCUGUUAGCUUUUGGAGCACCUUAUAAACACAUCCCCUGACUUAGUUUCAUCCAGAAGAGAUCCAUUUGUGUGCUUUGAGACCUCUCUACAAUGUGAAACAAAGGUAAGUGGGUUUGACCAGGAAAUUAACUCAGGAGGGUACUCCCAACUUCAGACUUCCCGUCUGAAAUGUUGAUGUAGACACACCCUUUGGCAUUAGCACUUUCCAGGGUACAGCUGCGCAGUGCCAUUGUGGGAGAGUGCAGUUUUACGAAUGCAGGACUUAUCCAUUUAUUUAUUUAUUUUGCUAUCUGGGCAUUGUUCAAUAUUUUGGCGAGGGUGAGAUCUACUGUAGGUGAAGAUGCAUCUAAGGAUUAUUGUUGUUAAGUUGGGUAUCAAGAUUUUAAACAUUUGACUGUGUCCUACCCUCAGACAUGCAACGUCUAAAUUUCACUUUCACUCUUAGUAACUCCUCCCCACUGGUCCAGUGCUCAUGGCUUUGUGUUUCUGUAUUAUGACCAUAGCUUUAAAAAGACUUUCAUAAAGAAAGGUAAUACGCAAUUUCUUUCUCACUUACAGCAAUGUAAAUGUGAAGUAACAGUUAAAUUGGCACUAUUCACUGAUGUAGGUCGAGAACCAACUCUGAUAAAACUUUUUUGUCUCCAGCCUAGCGAUACAUUUCCCUACUCUUGGCUAGUUUUACUGGUGGAAUUGAGAACAUGUCAUGUAACAAAUGGCAGUGGUGGACUCUGUCUUCAUUGGCAUUUGCUGUGAAGAUAUAUAAGCCAUUUAGCCCCAAGUGUGACACAGGAGUAUAUGUGUCUCAGUGAUCAGUGCCAGUGCAGGAGGUAACCUCUUGCUGUCUCAGCUGCUCUUGAAGUCCUGCACCUGUGCGGCUGAAGACCACUGACCACUUCUCUGAAAGGAAGAGUUUCCAACUGGAAAUUGUCCAACAAGCCUGGCCAUCAGUGAAUAGAGUUUAGUAUAUAUUCCAGGGUUUACUAUAGAUAUAUUCCAGAGUGUUAUUAGGUAGAAGCCCAGAGCUCCUCUGAACUUGUAUGGAUCCUCAUGGGAAGAAGAAAGGAAAGGACUGUGGCUUAAUUGCUGCCUGCAGCUCUCUGUCCAAAUUUUAACACUCGCUUUGCUUAUACCUGCCCUUUCUGCACUGAACAAUCUAUGAAUGUUUAAUAAUGGAAUGUUUUAAUUGGCAGUAAGUGCUCAAUGGUAAGUCACUUCAUGCUGUACUGUGGUAAAACUGAAGUGCUUAGUGGUUUCUCUGUGACCUCUGUUACAAUCUGGUUCUCUUGGAGAUGCAGAGCUAGAUCAAAUCUGCACAACUGCUUUUAAAUAUUAAUGUGCCUGUGCAUCAUCAUGUGUUCUUGAAUCUGUGGGCACUGCUAAAGGCUGCAAAAACAUAAUUCAAAAAUAAAUAUUUCCAUUAAUAUACUGACUUCUAUUUAUCAAUGACUACUUUGUUUCCUUUCCCUCUUUUCACUUUCACUUUUUCUGUUCUUUUUCCCUGUAAAUAUACAGAAGUUUUAAGACCGUUAUAUCUCUAAUAAAUGUCUGGUGAGUUCAAUUUCUUGACCAUACACAAAGGUAUAUGUAUUUGUGUGACAUCAAAAUGAUCAGUCCACUACAAUUGACACUGGCAUAGUCUUACUGUCAGUGAUAUAUCUACAUUGAAUUGACACAAAACGGGUGGGAGAAGAGAAUUCCCACUGCUGCUUCAUGGAAGCUGAGGCUUAGAAAACUUAACAGGUGAGACUUCUGAAAUCUAUCUAAAGCACAUGGAUUCCUAAAUCCCAUUAAAUCUGGUGUUCAAACAUGAAUU